CCCAACCCCAGACCGGGGUCACUUGUACGUGCGGCGUUCGAGCAAAUACAACCUACUUUGGACUGCACAACAAGUGCCCAAUCUUUUGAGUCUCCUUAUCUCAUUCAUGGUAGCGCUCUCAAAAUAGCUCUGUCUGUAUGAAACGAACCCCAGAGUUGGUUGUUGCUUCUCUCUGACUGCUCCUGGAAGCGCCUGGCCCACGCCCCAGGAAAAAGGAGCCGGGCGGAAACAAGGAAGUCGGAGAGAGAAAGCGACAAGUGGCGCCGCAAAGUGUGGCUCUGAUACAGCAGCUGUUUUUAGGGCGCGACAGAUAGCGCUUUGGUUUGGGGCUUUUUCAGACGCGUUUUACACCGCCGUCACCGCGGGAGACACAGCCACUGACACCGCCACCGUAGAGCCGUCGGCACUACAGUCUGCCCGGCGGGAAAAAGCCCUUGGACCACGUCGUCCAUGAGGGGGUUCUCACCCCCUUCCGCGCAGCUCCGCAGCACUGUCGCCACUGAGAAACUGUUCCGGUUUCUGUCCAGUUCUAUUUUCAGCGAGGAUGAGACGCAACUUCCACACACCGUGGAAGACGGCUUCAGACUGGGAACCGCUGCUGUUUUUUGUUUGUUGUUUUCUAAUGGUCAACAGUUAGCAGGAUGUCAGUUUCUACGUUCCUGCUCCUUGUUUGGCUCCAGAAAAUGACCUUCUACCUGUCCACAGGGGACGCGUGGAUUGUCCCUCAGCCAUGGAAAAAUGUGUGGGUCACCCUUGCCCAAGCCUUGAAACAAGAACACCUGUGUUUAGCUACUGCCUCAGCAGAAAAUCCGAUGUCCACAUGCUUGGUAGGGAUUCCGAGUAAGGGGCAAGAAUUUCCAAAGUCCUUGAUCCAUUUGCAAAAAGAGUUAAAUGAAAACAAUCCACCGAAUAUUUGGGCAGAGUUCGACAAGCACAAGGAUGUUGUAGAAUGUGUUAAAAUACCUGUUCAGAAUCCCCUGCUCCUGUGGCAAAAGUUUGUUCUAGACCUGCCUGCUGCUGAUGGGGAGCCCCAGGAAUUAGAACUACUGGGCUCCACAAAAGCUGAAUUUUGCGUUCAAUUCAAUUUUUCACCAGAUAAAGAAAUAAAACUAUAUGCACAGGUCAGACAAUACAAGAUAGAACUCAGAGCAGGCCAAUGGUGCACAGCUGUUGCUGUUUUAGAGAUCCCUAGCACCACGGAUUUCUAUCCCCUCAAGCUGGAAAAGGGAAUGUUUUUCAUCCGUGGGGAUAGAGCAUAUCCAGGAAUCCCUUCUCGUCUCGCUGGAGGUCCAUGCAUGCUGGGGCGUCUUUCCCUUGCUUCCCCCAACAUGACUCAAAUUCCAAUUGGGAAAACAAAAAGUGAAACAAAAAUUACUAAACGGAGUGCAAAUCAAUUUGAUGAACAUUGUGACGCUGAAAUUUACCAUUGGGCAAAAUCAAAAAGGGUUGCUGUCUCUGUGUUUCCACCAUGGGUAGCGGCAGCCAAAGCACUGAGUGAAUUAGGCAAUUUAGAAUGCUGGGUGACGAAGCAGGCAAGUUUGACAUCGGCAGCCUUGAGAGAUCUCCUGGCAGAUGAGGAAAUUACCAGAAAGGCUACCCUGCAAAACAGGGCAGCUAUCAAUUUCCUGCUGUUGGCACAUGGGCAUGGAUGCAAAGAAUUUGAGGGAUUGUGUUGCUUUGAUUUGUCAUCAAAAGGCCAAAGUGUUCAAUCAUCCAUCCGGGAAAUGAGAAACCUCAUUGGGAGCGUGAAACAGGAGAAUGAGGACUGGUUCAAGGGCAUGUUUAAGGGCUGGGAUCUUUCUGGGUGGGUGUUGUCCCUUCUAAAGGACAUUUGUUAUGUUGUAGUUGCAAUUUUUUUAGUUUUGCUAUUGUUUGGGAUUUUUAAGCUAAUCAUUUCUAGCAAUGCUUCCUCCAAGUUUGCAACCUCCGCACCUGGCAUUGCUGCUGCCACCACGGGAGGAGAAUGGUGGGAGAAUGGCAAACAGGACGACACUGCAGUUUAAUAGCCGCAGUUUCUCCUUCCCUCAAAGCUCCAUUCAUUUUAUUAAACAAAAGAGAGGGAGAUGUGGUGGUGUGUGGCUACGCAGAAGGAGCAGAAAGCUUUGUGAAUUUGAAAUGGGAGUUUCUGUUUUGUAAAUAUGAGGCUGAAGGUUCUAUUCUGUAUUUUUACAUGUAUUUACCCUUCCCCCUGACGCUAUUCCCAUUGGAUUUCACCUGUAAUGUAUUCAUACUGGGCAUUGUUUCUAUUAGUCUUACCUUAUCUCUUGUAUUCCCUAUAAAAACUGUAACCCAACCCCAGACCGGGGUCACUUGUAUGUGCGGCGUUCGAGCAAAUACAACCUACUUUGGACUGCACACAA